CUGUCCUGCCAACACACACACACAUUGUUACACUGAACCUUCCUUCCACCUAUAGCCACACUUGCGCUCCGUACCUGAGUCAAACCGCACCAGAGGACGAAGCUUCGGGGGUGCUUCCAGUGACAUUCCGGUGACCAGUGCGUAAAGCUCCAGCCCAAUUAAAAAAAAAUACUCGAGUGCUCUAAGUGGUUUUUACGGUUUUCGGGAUAAUAAAUAAGCAAUUAAGCGCGAUGAUCGGUGCUAGGGCCUAAGAGUGCGGCCGGAGCAAAACAAACACCUGUAAGAGUGCGUCCGUCUAAUAAAAGUUUACCGGUGGAUAAAAUGCCCGUUUUGGAGGUUCACGCGUGUUAUCGACCACCAACAUCGUCCGUGCAUAAUUAAUUAAUUGUUCUUACGCAUAUAAAGUUAUUCAAAUCGAGUGGGCCGAUCAAAGUGUGGGCGGCCAAGAUGGAGGACGGCUGGGAGUCCCACGUAUCCCCUUUGGUGAUGGGCGUGGGGAUGGGCGACAUGCAGGGGAUGGGUGAGAUGCAAACCGCCGCCUCGUGUUCGGGACACGGACAGGAAAUGCCCCCCGAGAUGAACAUGCCGCACCAUCAGGAACUAGUCGCCUCGCAUCCCGAACUCAAUCCGGGCAUUCAUCAAGAGAUCGAGCAGGAACUGGGCAGGGAAAUGGGCAGGAACGACAUGCGGACUCAUCAGGAUGCGAUGGGGGGACACGACGACUACUUCGCGCACCAGCUGUUGGUGUCGGGGCAGCCGACGACGAACUCGGGGUCGUCGCCCGCGUCCGGGGGCGGCUCGCUGAGCCCCGGCGGGUCGGCGGGCGUCCCCGGGACGCUGUCACCUGGGGGCACGUCCUCGACGGGCCCGACGCAGUGCUGCGAGUCGGGGCGACCCCUCGUCACGGACCCCGUGACGGGCCAAAGCGUCUGCUCUUGUCAGUACGAUCCAGCGCGACUUGCGGCCCUGCAGUACCCCCGAAGUGUCGGUGUCUACGGCGCCCCCUACCCCUCCACGGACCAAAACCCCUAUCCCAGUAUAGGCGUCGAAAGUUCGGCCUUUUACUCUCCCCUGAGCAAUCCCUACGCUUUGAAGGAUGCUGGCGGGACAGCAGCAGACAUGUCUGCGUGGACCAGCGCCGGCCUCCAGCCCACGACGGGUUAUUACCCCUACGAUCCGGCCCUGGCAGCCUACGGGUACGGUGCCGGGUACGAUCUGGCGGCGAGGAGGAAGAACGCCACGAGAGAGUCGACGGCCACCCUCAAAGCCUGGCUCAACGAGCACAAGAAAAAUCCAUAUCCGACCAAAGGCGAGAAGAUCAUGCUUGCGAUUAUCACCAAGAUGACGCUGACGCAAGUCUCGACGUGGUUUGCGAACGCGCGACGAAGGCUCAAAAAGGAGAACAAAAUGACGUGGGAGCCCAAGAAUAAAACGGACGAUGACGACGACGCUUUAGUCUCCGACAGCGACGACAAGGAGAAAGAUGAAGAGGACAAACGGGACGACACAGACAUGCACGGCCGGAUAAAAUCGGAACGAAACGGCAAAGAUUUAGACGACGACGACAUGAACGACGACGACCGAAAGGACGAUUUGUUGGGCAACAACAUGCACCACAUCCUCGGCAACACCUUCGGCCUCAAGCCGGAGAUGAAGACGUCGGACUGCGGCGUGCCGCUGCCGCCCUCCAAGCCGAAGAUUUGGUCGCUGGCGGACACCGCCGCCUGCAAGACGCCGCCGCCCCCGCCGCCGCAGCAGCAGCAGUGGCUGGGGAGCAACGGCUUCGCCUUGCCGAGCUCGAGGUACGCGGGGAGCGGCUUCUUGCCUAGUCACUGUCAGCAGGGGUUUCCCGAAGUGCAGACGGACACGCCGCCCCAGACGCCGCCCAGCAUGAAGCUGCCCAGUGUGGCGGGGAAUCUGCCCUGCAUCGGCACGGCGGCGGCCACGGCGGCGAAUAGCGGAUACUCGCAGUCGGGGUUCUUGGGCGGCUUCGGCCGGCUGCAGUCGCCCCAUCGGCCGCCGCCGCCGCAAGCACAGAUGACCGCCCCCACGACGGACAGUGCUGCCUUCAAACCCUUCUACAAAAGCUCCCAAAGCAUGAACGGAGGGUUCGUGUCGCCGGUGUGAGCCGCUCCCAGCUGGACCCCAUCGACCCAUCCGCUAGAUGGAUGGUCGCCGGAGGGCCCCCGUCACCAGAACCAAUGGGCAAAGUGCAACAAAUACAAAUAGUGUGGGUGUGGAGCCCGUGUUAAGCGAUUGCAAUCUGUUGUAUAUUUGUGUAAAAGCAUUUAUUUAUAUCUGUGAUAAAGAACAAAAUGUCUACCAAGUGGCGUUGACGUUUUUCGGCAAUGGGACUUGUAGUUUCUUGAAAAUAGAAGCGAGCACUUACGUUUGUAACUUGUUGUGUAUCAUCACAAGUCAAGCUAGUUGUAUUUCAGGAUUCACCUAUUUUAUUGUUACGUUCUUUUAAAUAAUUAGAAAAUUGUUGUGUAUAUUAAAAGUACCAUAUCAUGGAUUUAUUAUUAAACUAACAUUUAUUUUGUUGGCUCCUAGCCGCAAAUUGUACAUUAUUUUAUCUGUUUGUAAAUAGAUCAGUGUGUAUAGAAGGAUAUUAUAAUUAUAAUUGUCUUGAUUAAAAUAUUAACAGAGACUAUCUUAA